AUGGAAAAGAGAACAGAAAGCGCAACUCCACUUUGGCGUAAAGGACCAGAUGAGAAGCCAGUGUUGUGUAAUGCUUGUGGAUCACGUUACAAGGUGAAAGGAACCCUUGAAAACUAUCUCCCAAAAAAUGCUCAACCUCACUCAUACCUUAAACAUCAAAAAGAAUAUAAUCAAUUUCUCAAGCCUUCAAACUCACCUGCAGGUGGGAUAAAUACAAAUUUAUGGAGCACUAAAAUCCCUUCAAAGAAACGUUCUCCGGUAAAGAGAGUGCCACCAAUGGAGAAAUUUCACAAGCAGCUUCUUAGAUUGUGGGAAAGUGAAAAACAACACAAUGACUCCUCUCUAGAUAACAUUUUGCUGUUUGAAAAUAUCAACAAUUUCAUACCCAAAAAUGAGAUAGGCAUUGGAUGCAUUCUUCUAAAGAAUGAUGUUAUUUCUAAAGAUUAA